UAUUUACCCUCGUCGCCGUCGGGCUGUCUGCACUCAGGAGGAGCGCUGCACUGCUCGCACCGACAUUCGUGGCGGCACCUGAAGGCAGCACUUGGCUCGGGGCGGGUAGGCGCUAUCGUGCAGUAUGGCGGACGAUGGAGACAGUUCGAGCGGACCAGUGGACACAAACGGCGGGCAGGGAGCCACGGAGGAGUCGGACGGGCUCAGCCUCGGCGGGAUGCUGCUGAAUAUCAGUCUUGUGGUGUCGGUGGCGGCGGUCUGCUACGCGGUUUACCGGCGCUGGGGCAGGCGGCUCGGCGCGGACGCGGCCCAGGGCAGCGAGGCCUCGACACUUCCCAAGAUGAGGAGACGUGAUUUCACUUUGGAGCAGCUGAGGGAAUACGACGGGCUCCAAAACCCCCGCAUCCUGAUGGCAGUCAACAUGAAAGUCUUCGACGUGACCAGCGGGAAAAAGUUUUACGGAAGAGAUGGUCCUUAUGGCAUUUUCGCAGGCCGGGAUGCUUCAAGAGGCCUGGCAACCUUCUGCCUGGAGAAGGACGCCCUGAGGGACGAAUAUGAUGACCUGUCAGACCUCAACGCUGUACAGAUGGAGAGCGUGAGAGAAUGGGAGAUGCAGUUCAUGGAAAAAUACGAUUACGUCGGGAGGCUGCUGAAGCCGGGAGACGAGCCGUCGGAGUACACGGACGAGGAGGACAUCAAGGACCACCUGAAGCACGACUGAGCUGUUCCAUCAAACCGACCAAAGCCUGGAACCCAAACAGCUGCAACAGACCGCCCCCAACGCCCCAAACCUCCUCUUGCUCCUCCUCCUCAUCCCCUCGCCCGUCCCCCUUUACCUCCUGAAUCUGUCCGGUGUGGUGGCUGUUGCUGCAGGGUAGGACUCCGUCUGUCACGCCCAGCCCUCCCUCCCUCUUCAUCCUGAGAUUCCCACCAACAGAACGACUGAGAAACUGGACGGGGCUUUUAACGGCAGCGACACGUCUGGGUGGGGGCGGGGUGGGGGGUGGCGGGUUGGUUGUGCUAUUAGAUGUAUUUGUAAAGGAAACAAAACUACAAAAUAUUUUAGUCGUCGUUUCGGAAGGGGGGGGAGUGCGCCCCGUUGGUGGAGGUCGGAGGGUCUCGGCAGUCAGGAACGCAUUGGUCAACGAUGUUCAGUGGCGUGGGAAGGGGAAACACAUUUCUCUCUUUUCUUUGUUUUUGUUUUGUUUUUAUUAUUUUUUUUCUUUUGGUCUAGCCACCUCACAGCUGAACUGCUUUAGCUUUGGAAAGCUUAUCAAUCAAUCGUUUGUUCUUGUUAAGGAAAAAAAAUCUUCUUUUCCCCCGCCUGUUGAGAGGGCAGCACUGUGGCCUAACCAAAGGCAAUGGGAGGGGUGUUGCAUUUUCCUGUUGUGUUUUGUAGUGUAUGCACUACUAGUUCUCUUCGUUUGUCACCAUGUGAUUGUAUUUGUUGAGUAGCGUAGUGGGAGGGUGUUCGGGAGGUCAGGGGGGUGGGAUAGAAGCGGGUCGGGUGGGCUGGCGGGUGGGUGGCUGGGGGGUCAAAGGUCCUUGCCAUAUGAAACCUAUUUUGAAUCACUUCAGACAGACUGUAUCAGUGAUUGGGAAUACAAAGGGAAGGUGAUAAGGCAGUUUCUAAUCAAUCGACUCAAUUGUUUACAUGCCUCACAAGCCAGCUGCAAGUCUGUAGAUUCCCCCGAAAAUGGUCAAAAGUAUUAAUUGUGCCUUAUUUUGUUUGUCGUACACAACCUAAGUCCUGACCAGUCUGACAGGAAAGCGGACGGCGGGCGGCGGCUCGGUCGGAGAGCGGCCGCCCCCCGAGGGUUUAGCGCCCGGUGGUUUCUGAGACUCGGUCCCCCCGACUUAAAGAAGGCAUGCGUUCUGUCAGUCCUCCACACAGACUGUAAUAUCUCCCCACUUCACAACUUUGUAAAUAGACCGUAUGAAGUACUCAGUGUUACUGCCAUAUUUAUGUAGUUGAUGAACUCCAUAUAUAAAUGCUAUGUCGUAUUGGCCAAAACCCCCAUGUUUUUUGUUUGUUUUUUUUCUUUCAGUUUUUGAACUUCUUUUAAACGUGGGUGAAUUUCAAAACGGAGCGUUGCAAAGUGCUGCUGGGUGGGAUCGGGAUCUGUCCUCUGCGAAUUAUGGGAGAGAUGUUGCUUAUCCUGUAAAUAUAUCUAUCAUUUUAUUAAAGCAUGUGCAACAAAGUGAGCUAUGCCGAAUUCCCACCACGUCAUGUAUUUAAAUGUUGGGUGUGUGUGUGUGUGUCUGCGCGACAGAGGCAGGAAGGGAUUUGUUCAUGCAUAAUAAAUUGAUUUGGUUAAUAAUUCAA